AUGGAAGCUGAGCUUAUGAUCAUGUUCAUGGUGGUAACCGCCACUUCAGCUUAUCUCCUAUGGUUUCUUCACCUCUCCCGUCGUCUCUCUGGCCCAAAAGUCUUUCCUUUUUUCGGCAGCCUUCCUGUUCUCUUCCUAAACAGGUCUCGGAUUCAUGAUUGGAUCGCCGGAAACCUACACUCCUCCGGUGUUGGUGGGACUUAUCAGACCACCACCAUCGCCAUACCCUUCUUUGCACGUAAACAAGGGUUUUAUACAGUCACGUGUAACCCUAAAAACAUCGAACACAUACUCCGAACCCGGUUUGAUAACUACCCUAAAGGGCCCACCUGGCAAACGGCGUUCCAUGAUCUUUUAGGUCAAGGAAUAUUCAACAGCGACGGUGAAACGUGGCUCAUACAGCGGAAGACGGCGGCCUUGGAAUUCACUACUCGAACCCUCCGGCAAGCCAUGGCCAGGUGGGUUAGUAGGACCAUCAAAACAAGAUUAUGGCGCAUUUUAGAAAAAGCUUCUCAAGAACACUUCCCCGUCGACUUGCAAGAUCUCUUGCUCCGAUUGACGUUCGAUAACAUUUGCGGGUUGACAUUCGGUAAAGACCCUGAAACCCUUUCCACGGAGUUAUCAGAAAACCCAUUUGCUACGGCGUUUGACUCGGCCACGGAGGCGACGCUGCAGCGGCUGUUGUAUCCCGGGUUUCUAUGGCGGUUGAAGAAACUUUUUGGAAUCGGUGCAGAAAUAAGACUGAGAAAAAGCCUUCAAAUCGUCGAAAAUUAUAUGACUGAAGCCUUAACUGCUCGUAAAUUAAACCCAUCAGAUGAUCUUCUUUCGAGGUUCAUCAAGAAACGAGAUGUUGAUGGUAACAUUUUCCCUAAUCACGUUUUAAAACGCAUCGCGUUAAAUUUCGUUCUAGCUGGUCGCGACACCUCCUCCGUCGCGCUCAGUUGGUUUUUCUGGCUCACCAUGAACAACCCAAUAAUCGAAGCUAAAAUCAUCAACGAGUUGACAACCGUUUUAAAAGACACACGUGGUGAUGAUCCAAACGUUUGGAUCUCUGAUCCUCUGACAUUCGAUGAAGCUGACAGGUUGGUUUACCUAAAAGCUGCCUUGGCGGAGACCCUGCGUUUGUACCCAUCGGUGCCGGAAGAUUUCAAGUACGUCAUCAAUGACGAUGUUUUACCGGACGGGACUAUGGUUCCGGCGGGUUCAACGGUGACAUAUUCGAUAUACUCAGUGGGACGGAUGAAAAGCGUUUGGGGCGACGACUGUUUGGAGUUUAAACCGGAGAGGUGGCUGUCGGAAACCGGAGACAGGUUUGAACCACCCAAGGAUGGGUACAAGUUUGUGGCGUUUAAUGCCGGACCGAGGACUUGUUUGGGGAAGGAUUUGGCUUACUUGCAGAUGAAAUCGGUGGUUUCCGCCGUUCUCCUCCGUUACCGGUUGUCACUGGUUACCGGCCACCGGGUGGAACAGAAGAUGUCUUUGACGCUGUUUAUGAAGAAUGGUCUUAAGGUGUACCUGCACCCACGCGAUCUCACCUCAGUCUCAGCAGCAGCUUAGAACCAUUUGAAGGGUAAAUCUGGAAAUUCGUUGUUUUUGAGGUGGUCGUACUCGUAUACUUGUGUCUGGUCAAAAGGGUAUUAUUUAAUUUGUAUUUACUUUUAUUUUUAUUUUUCUCGUAAUAUUGUAGUGCUUUGUUUGGCAUGAUGAAAAUUUUACCAAGCUUUUCCAAAAAUUAUAAAUUAAACCAUUAUAAUC